GGAGACGCUAGUAUGUAACUGCCCAGCCAAGUCCCCUUCCGUGUGAUGAAACGGAAGUAUGCUCACGGCUGUAGGAUUAGAGACAUUCAGGGCAUUUUCGAGAAACUCACGUCCUGCAGUUAACAUGGCACAUCAUACACAUAUAUAGUAAAACCGUCGUUGUACCUCUUGAUAUGUGGUUCAGUUCAACAUGCGUAAAACGCGUGCACAAGCGCAAAUGAACACAAUUCCAUGGAACGCUUCAUUGCACGGAACGAAUGGAUUCAUUCUGCGCUGGCGGAUGGUCAAGGAAAGCCAGGGGAAAACGCUGGACAUUUGAUCUCAAGAAAGUGCAGCCUUUUAUGAAGCACAACGAAUGCAUCACAGAGAGCAUUUCGUUCAGAGAAGGUAUCAUAGAGUAACAAAUCCUUUUUGGGAGACUGUUCAGCAACUGUUUGGCUAUUUGAUCUUAUGCGCGCAAGUAUCGAGCUAACUUAUUACAUCAAAUGGAUUCAUUAUUUAAUUGCCUUCAACAGUCUCUGUUUGAUGCGCAUGGUUGGUUACAUUUGAAAGAGUUGUGAUGGUGGAUUAGAAUAAUUGGGCGGACACUUACUGUUAACACGUUUGUGCGUAAAUGAACAGAGGAAUUGAUAACGAAAACCGACAGUGGCCCAUCUCUGUGCUUGGGGAGAAUUCGGGUGGGGGACACGCAGCCGAUUUCAUGUUUGCCACAAUAUUGGUUUAUUCCCCGCAGCAUUGACGUAAACAAGAACAUACAACUCUGUAAUAUUAAGUUAUAAUUACUCUCACAUUUCAAUACGCAAAACACGUAAAAUGUGAAUUAUGAAUGCAAAUAAGGAAGACCCGAAGUUGUUUCUAUUCCAAAGAGCUUUCAUUGACGUUGACUGCCAUUCCAAUUUCCUUCAAACGCACGUCCUUCACCGGCAGACCUAUUUAAUCAGUUACACAUUUUAUUUGGUGUCAGUGAGUGGAUACCAAUUUUGCACAAUAGGAGCAACAUUUAAUAGAACCAUUUAAUCUAGUCUAUCGUCAUUGCAUCUAUUUACAAAGGCAACCGUAGGCUAUGUCUAAAUGCCGGUUUAAAUACCCCUAUUCCAAAGCAGUCGUGCAAAUGGCUUCAUUCCCUGACUCCGACUUGACGACAUGCCCCCUAUGCAAACAACUGUGCUGCUCCUCUGCUCCACUCUCCUCCAACUCUUCUACCUCCUCGUCCUCGUCUUAUACCUCAACUAGCUCAUCUACCUCAUCCUCCAGAAGGCUCCACGUCCUCCCAUGCCUCCAUGCCUUCUGCAGGCAGUGUCUGGAGGGCCAGCGGAACCCCGAAGACCCCUUGAAACUCCGGUGCCCGACUUGUGACCUAAAGGUUCUAAUGCCCGUAUCAGGAGUAGAUGCCUUGCCCUCCUCAAACUUUUUAUUUAAGAACAUGUUGGAUGCCGUGGUAAAUUUGUCUGAGGAGCAAAUCAACAACACUGUUAGCAGCAGGGGCAACAACUUGUCUCACAGACACAGCAGAGAGCCCCUGUGCAGCUCUUGCAACGAGGGCAAUCCCGCUACCUCUCACUGCCGAGACUGCCAGGAGUACCUUUGUAACAACUGUGUAUGGGCACACCAGAGGGUCCGGCUUACCAAAGACCAUUUCAUUGAUAGACUAGUGGAGAGUCUGUUUCACCAACACCUGGGGAACCGAACCAACAACUCUAACAACACAGCUACUGCCACUCUGAGCCGGUCCUCCUUCCAGUCGAGCUACUCUCUGCUGCCUGUCUUUCAGGACAGAGAGCAUGACAAUGCGGUUCUGCAUUUCUUCUGUGAUACGUGCUCCGUGCCUGUCUGUAGGGAGGCCAGUGUGGGUUGUCACUCAGGCCACAGCCUCCUCUACCUCCAGGAUUCCCUGCAGGACUCCAGGACCCUCACCAUCCAGCUGCUGGCAGACGCCCAGCGGGGCAGGCACGCUGUACAGCUGAGCAUUGAGAAAGCACAGGCCGUUGCUGAGCAGGUGGAACUGAAGGCCAUGGUGGUCCAGUCAGAGGUCAAAGCCAUCGCACAGCGUUAUAAGAAGGCCCUGGAGGAACGAGAGUGUGAACUACUGUGGAAAGUUGAGAAUAUCCGUCAGGUGAAAGCCAAGUCCCUCUAUCUCCAGUUAGAGAAGCUGCACCAGAACCUGACCAAGCUGGACAGCACCAUCUCUACAGUAACCCAGGUCCUAGAGAAGGGCAGUAGUCUGGACCUGCUGCUGGCCAGAGAGAGCAUGCUCCUCCAGAUCACAGAGCUGAAGGCCCUCAGGGAGCUGUUACUGCCGCAGGAUGAUGAUCGCAUCCUGUUCACCACCCCCGACCAGACUUUGCUCCUCGCCAUCCAGUCCCUAGGUCUGGUCAGCUCCGGGGCCUUCGCCCCCCUCACCAAGGCCCAGGGAGAGGGGCUUUGUCGGGGCUUGCAGGGUAAGCAGGCUUCCUUCACUGUGGUGGGGUAUGAUCAUGAUGGAGAGCUCAGGCUGUCUGGUGGGGACGGUGUGUCAGCUGUGGUGGUGGCGUCCGAUGGUAACCUGCUAAACGCUGAGGUGACUGACCAUCAGAACGGGUUGUACACGGUCAGCUACCUGCCCAAGGUAGAAGGAGAACAUCUGGUGUCAGUCCUUAUCUGCAACCAGCACAUCGAAGGCAGCCCCUUUAAAGUGCUGGUCAAGUCUGGCCGUAGCUAUGGAGGUAUCCCCUUGCCGGUGGCCUCGUUCGGCAGGGAGGGGGACGGAGAUGGGCAGCUGUGUCGCCCCUGGGGGGUGUGUGUGGACAAAGAGGGCUACAUAAUCGUAGCUGACCGAAGCAACAACAGGGUGCAGAUCUUCAAGCCGUGCGGUUCCUUCCACCACAAGUUUGGUACGCUGGGCUCCAGACCAGGCCAGUUGGACCGACCAGCUGGGGUGGCCUGCGACAGCCAGAGGAGAAUCAUCGUCGCCGACAAGGAUAAUCACCGCAUCCAGAUCUUCACCUUUGAAGGCCGGUUCCUCCUCAAGUUCGGGGAGAAGGGAACCAAGACCGGUCAGUUCAGCUACCCCUGGGACGUGGCGGUCAGCUCGGAGGGAAAGAUCCUCGUCUCAGACACCCGGAACCACCGCAUCCAGCUCUUCAGGCAGGACGGCACCUUCCUCAACAAGUACGGCUUUGAGGGGGCUCUAUGGAAACACUUGGACUCCCCCAGAGGCGUGGCCUUCACUCAGGAGGACCACCUGGUGGUGACAGACUUCAACAACCACCGUCUGCUGAUCAUCCGGUCGGACUGCCAGUCAGCCCGCUUCCUGGGAUCAGAGGGAACUGGUAACGGUCAGUUCCUGCGGCCGCAGGGCGUAGCAGUGGACCAGGAGGACCGCAUCGUGGUGGCUGACUCCCGGAACCACCGGAUCCAGGUGUUUCAAACCAACGGUAAUUUCUUAUGCAAGUUGGGGACUCAGGGUAGCAGCUUUGGACAGAUGGAUCGCCCAUCGGGUAUAGCUGUUACUCCUGACGGAAGGAUUGUUGCCGUGGACUUUGGAAACAACCGAAUCAUUAUGUUCUAGGCUAGGCAGUUUGUCUGCUGGUUUGCAAAGAAAGAAACAUUGAAGAGGAGAUUUUGAAACACACCCAGCAGAUGUAAAUGUCUUUGUCAGCAAAUGGAGACGGUAAUAUUGAAACUUGACCUUUUCUCUCAGCUUUACCUCUAUUUUGAAAGAGCAAAUCAAAGCAGUACAUGAACCAAUGCCAACAAGGGGUUAUUGUCAUAAGCUGACAUUUUGAACCCUAUAGUAGGCCUUCAGUGACAGUAUCUGGCUCGAUAGUUGUCUUUGCUCCUGAUGUGUGUGUCAAAAUCUCUGAUUUUCUCAGGGAAUUUCUUGCAUUCUUGAAAUGUUUCCACUGCAUCAUACCUACCUCAUGUAGCUGUGUAUGAAUGUACUCCUUUAUUAUUUGAUGCAGAGAUUUUGCCAGUGGAGUUUUGAUAAAGUAACUACCUCAAUGCAAGAGAAGAGUAUAGUUAACAAGAAGCAACAUUUGGUUGAUAUUUGCACAGAAAGCGCUCACACAUUUUCUCUAAUUGUUACUGUUGACAUAAAGCGUGUGAAAUCCCAGAAUGUAGCUGAGAACAAUGUAUUUCCUGUGUUACAUACAUGUGGAAACGUGGAGUCAGACAUUUUUUAUAAACUCAGCAACUGUUAUUUUUCCAUUUUGUUUUUAAAUAUGCCUCCAUACCUCUGUAAAACCUUUUUUACCUCAUGUCACAACCACAUAGUACCUCAGAACUCCAGUGUCCUCAGGUCAAUAGUAUGCUGAGUCCCAAAUGGCACCCUAUUCCCUAAAUAGUGCACUACUUUUGACCAGGGCCCAUAGGGCACUGGUGCACUAAAUAGCGAAUAGGUUGUAAUCUGAGACUCGUCCUGUAAAAUGGAUUCUCUCCACAAAAUGGCUGCUGCCAGUUUGCUAUAGGCAGGUUGAAUAUUUGAUAUCAGUGACCAUUGUCAGUUCAGUCAGUCGUGUGAUUUCAGCUUUAAGGGAAAAAACAUUUAACAAGGAAUUGACCAUCUUGAAUUGGGUGAAUCAUCAGAAUUGUUAUUUUCAGGGCAUCUAUGAAGAAUUGUGACUUGAAACUACUGGCAAUCAUCAUUGUUGUUAGAUUAAUUAAUACAUGCCAGGAUUAAUAUAUCCUAAGGCAACUAGUGCAUUCGGCCACAACAUAGUGAAGAUUAGACACAUUGGUGUGGGUUAACUUGGAUUUAAUCUCAACCGUGUCUGAACCCGAGUCUAAAUCUAUUUACUGAUAUCCAUUUAGAAAUCAUUGAAAUCUGUGUAGACUAACUUUCCUAAGAGUAGAGGGGUCUAAGAGUAGUGAAGUUUCAUCCUGAUAUUUUUUGAAGAACAACCUUUCUGCACAUGUUUGGUGGUUUAGAUUGGCACCCUAAUGACGCUACCAUGUUCCUUUCUUUGUGACUGUUGUUUGAAAAGUCUAUCGUUGCUUCUGGGCCUUGACUAUGUUCCCUCAAAGAAAGUCAUCCGUUUAGCUUUUUUUCCUUCAAAAUAGAAUGCGUCAAUCAUGGGAAACCGUGAGAAUAUUGUUUUAUCCUGGUGGCAAAUAAAAUAAUUUUAAAAAGUAAAACUGACCAGUAAAUUUAAAAAUGACAGCAUUGAUGUUGAUCUCCAUUGCCUCCAUAGUAUUUUCAAUAGAUAUUCUCUGUAGUAACCCCUAGCUGCUUGUCAGUUGCCUGAUGACCCACUCAUGUAGCCUACAGAUGGCUGAGUAACCAAAGCAAAAGGCUCCACAUAAAUAGAAUUCCAUCAGCUGCUGCUCCCACACCCACAUUCACCCUGCUCUGAACUGUGAUGGCAGUGAGUCUGUUGGUCACAUUAGACGUUGUAAUAUCAGUCAGCACAGCAGUUCCUCUCUAUUGUAUGUACAAUGUCUCUGUCUGAGAGAACAUAACCAAACCAGGUCAUUCAUGGUUCCACAGUGGCUAUUAACUACAGAACAUCAAGAUCCAGUAAAAAUGCAAAUGUUUAAAAUUGAAUUCAUUUUUUUUCACCUGUAGCCUGCCCUGUGUUAUAAACUAGCUGUUCAUAGCUAUUAAUAUUGUGCUUAUAGCUUGAACUGUUAAAGUCCCACUCUCCUCCCUCUAUGUCUCUGACUGUGUCUAAUGGGCCAGUAUUUCCUGUCUGUUGAGCCACAUUGUCACAAGUGCUGGUUUACGAGGAGAGCUCGGUUCUUUUCCAAAUGGCACACUAAUCUCUAUAUAGUGCACUACUUUUGACCAGAGCUUUAUGAGCCCUGGUCAAUAGUAGUGCACUAAAUAGGGACUAGGUUGCCAUUUGGCACACUGCCCUCCUCUGUGAGUUGGUGAGGCACCAUAGCUGUAGGUCUCCAGCUGCUCUAACCCCCAGAAGAGCUGGAAGGCAUGCAGCUCGCCAGACACACCUCAUAUCUCUUUUACCUUAAUAAUCACAGCUGGGUGUACAGGGGGACCAGUGAGACGUUGGGCUCCAGACACGGCUUACUCGGUUACACCCUCUUAAUGAUUGAACCAAAAUGGCCACUUUUUAGAUGUUGAGUUUCCAGGUGUUUUAGUGAAUUAUUCACAUUGACACUGCUCAAGUGUUGUAGCUUGUGCCUUUUCUUAUACAGGAGAUAAAUGACACUGUUUCUGGGCCAUUUGUGACCAGCAGGAAAGGCAUUGUGACAAAAACAAACGGUAUAAAUGGACUAUUUGAGGUAAUAAAUAUAACUCUUAUAAAAAUGGCACACCAUCACUGUCAUUUAGUUUUUCAGUAUUUCAUUUUGUCCUUGCUGGUGUGACCCCUGGAAUAUAAAAACCAAUGAUGGUUAAAUAUAUAUAUGGCAGAUUUUUACCUUGUCAGCUCAGGGAUUCGACCCAGCAACCUUUUGGUUACUGGCCCAACGCUCUAACCAGUAGGCAACCUGCCACCCCAUAUAUACCUCAUUAUACAGAAAGAUAUAGGCAUACCUCAGUAUUACUGAGCUACGCUCAUUGCUGAACUGUUAAUACCUCGUUGGCAUGGUUGCAUUUUUCAAACCUCUGAAUUGCAGUUAGAUGUGUGGUCUUAUAGUGUGCUGUUGUUACACUAAAGAAUGGAAAGGGAAGGCUUAGAGAAGUUAUGAACAGUUGGAUCAAGUAGAUUAAACCGAGGACAAUGCUGCUUCAAAUCCACAUUGAUCUGAUGUAUUUUCAGUACAUUGUUGGUUCCUAUAUUGUUCCUAUAGUUUGAACUGAAGUUUGCAGUGAAUGUUUCUUAAAAGACCUCAAGGUCUUGACACCUAGAAGACAAGACUUGUAUAUUUUAAUGCAUGAUUCAAAAAGUAAUUGUGGAAAAGAUUUGUCACUGCUUUUUAAUUAUUUUAGGGUUGUAGUAUGUUAGGUUGAGGAGGAUGGCUUCCUUUGACUAUAAGAUUGUAUCUAUUUUAUGAAUAGCCUUACUGGGCCCAAUCAAGUUACCUCAUCAUGAUGUCAAACAACAACAGAGUUCAAACAGAAAUACAUUUGCCUUAAAUAUUUCAGUAUUUUAUUAGGACCCCCAUUAGCUACUGCUGAAACAGUACAUAACACUAUACUAGUAGAGGACAUUCAACAUGUACUCUGUCUAUACUUCCACAGUUGGAAGUAUCACAAAUAAUCAAGAAAACUACCAAGGGCUUAAAGGUAACCUUUGAACUUUGUUAUUUACCUGUUUCUGUAUCGGCUGUUUUAGUUUUUUGUCAGGUUGCAAAAUUCUGGUAACUUUACAGGUUUUCAAGAAUUCCAGGUUGGAGGAUUCCCGGAAUCAGGAGUGGAUAAAGAGGGAGGGAAUCUUCUAAACGGGAUUUCUGGGAAUUGGGGGAAAGUUUAUUUGCAACCCUAGCCGGAAGUAUACUUUGGGCUCCAUUUGAUCCAUAUGGUGGAAAAACAGCACUAUAGAGAAAUUAAAGGCAAUGUUCCCACAUUUCGUGGAGACUGGCAGCGUUAACCGUGAAUGCAAUGUCGACUCAAAACAGAAAUGACCUUUUUACAUUUUAAUUGCGCUAUAGCGCUGAACUUCUUCGGUGCAGAUUAAAUCGAGCCUCAGUCUAUCCAAGCUAUUAGAAAUGCUCUGUGUUCCAUCCUCCACAGUAAGGUAUCUGGUUGAGCAGUAUGGGAGGAUUCCAGCAUUAGUACUUUUCCUCUCAUGGAGAUAAACAAACGAAGCCUAUCAGUUCAUAAGAACAUGGUCUUAGACAAAUUGACUACAUGAUCAUAUUAAAGUCAAACUCCGG